AUGAGAUUGACUACAUCCGCUGCCAUCGCUGUGUUGGCCUACACUUCGGCAGUCAGCGCCGCUCCUGCUCAAGUGGAAUCAUCGCAAAAUGCUCUUCAAAAGAAGCAGGAGAUUAGAGAAAUGGCUGAAAUCAUGGCCAUCAUGGAAGCCCACAAGAGAGAACUUGGUGUCGAAGGUAUUGAGUUUGAAAAAAGAGAUUACCAGAUUGUCACUGACGUUCUUGCUGCCAUUAACCAGACCCAGUUGGCUCCACAAAUCCUUAAAUUCCUCGCUACUGACUCCAGAUUGCAACCUAUUGUCAUCAAUGGCAUUAUUGCUGUCAUCAAAUCUGGUCUUAUUAACUUGCCAGCCUUGUUCGACGCUUUGGAUGAAUCCAACUUGGUUGGUAAUGUCAUAGAAGACCUUAUUUCCGAUUGUAGUCUUUAUGUGGAGUUGUUCAACGCUGCCAAGGGUGUCAUUUCCAACUUGGCCAACAUAGUCAAGGAUAAGAUUGCUUCGGGUAUCAGCAGUUUGACUUCCAAGAGAGAAGUUGCUCCAUACCACUACGACAUGUUGAACGAAAAGAGAGACUUGAAUGAUGUUGUUGUCAACUUGUUAGACUCUUUAUACCAAUCUGGCUUAGCCAGUUCUGUGGUCAAGUCCGUUCUUACCGACUCCAGCUACAUUCCAUUUGCCGUAAACUUGAUCAAGGCUGUAUUGGCCAACAAUGCUUUGAACCUCGGUUCUCUUGUUGACGCUCUUAAGGAGUCAGGUUUGGCUGUAGACUUGUUGAAGCAAAUCUUGACAGUCAACACUUUCCAAACGGUCGUAACCAAUGCAUUUGCUGCCUUCGCUGGCACAUGUGCUGGUUCAUCUGCCCCAUCUACUGGAGGUUCCAGUUCUAGCGGAAGUGGUUCUUCUGGUUCCGGAUCGGGUUCAAGCUCUGGUGGAACUACCGUUAGCAGUCCUUGUAAGAGAAAGGUCAGAAGAAGAAGAAGAAGAAGAGCCGUCAACUACUAG